UCUGAGUGCAUUGAGAUGCCUGCAGGCUCGCUCCAGCUUGAGACGUGCAGCUAGAGGUGUGUAUAUAUAGAGAGGGAGGGACCCUUUUGUCUCCUUCCCCCUGCAAAGAGGCUCUGGGAGCGCGGGUCGAAGAGAGGAGGCAGCGGCGGGACAGAUGUGAGGCCCUGUCAGACUCGCACGUUCCCCAUCGCAUUACGUGAGCAAACAGCGGCGGAGCAGCCCGCCAGGCGGGCUUGUGUAACUUUGCAAAUGUGCCAGAAAGUUUAAAAUCCCUGAGCCCUCCUCCUCCCGCCUCCAGUCCAGACCCCAGAGAAAGCCGGAGGACGAUGAGAGGCGGGUUGUUUGCUGCUGCUGCUGCUGUUCAGAGCCGUGCCCUGUAAACACCCCGGGAGCGGACAAGCUCCCUCCUUUCGGAAGGUCUCUGCGUCCCCGGCCCGCCGGCGGGGAUUGAGCCUGGCUGCGGCCAGCGGCGUUUGGCGAGCGACCUUCGCGCCCGUCCGGGGCCACUGAAGCGGGGAAGAUGCACGUGGCGCUGCCAGCGGCUUUGCUCGCCCCGCUGCAGGUGUGGGUGUACCUGAGCUGCGCCUGGCCCGCCGGCUGCCAGCCGCCGCCGCGCCGCAACCCACCGGCGCCCGCCGCCUGGAGGCAGAGGAUUCAGUGGGAGAACAACGGGCAGGUGUACAGCCUGCUGAGCCUGGCCUCCCAGUACCAGCCGCCCCGGCGCCGGCAGGCAGCGGCCGCGGGCAGCCCCAUCCUGCUGCUCCGAAACAACGCCACCGCCCCGCGGGGGGCUGCUGCUGCUGCUGCUCCAGCCAGCGUUGCCCAGCCGCCGGCCGGGGCCGCCAGCAGGGGCUCGGGGGCUCGCCACUGGUUUCAAGCCGGCUACCAGCCGCCCCCCGGCGGCACCGCAGGGCAGAGGAGCCAGGGAGCCACGAGCGGUUCAGCCAGGAGCCCUCCCCAGGGGGCGUCUCAGCCCAGCGCCCCCCACAGCUCAGGCGUCGGGCCCAGGAGGGGCAACAGCACCAGCCCCGGCAGCCCCCCGCCCCUGAGCAAUCUGAGAGCCGGUCGGGAAGAUGCCAUGGUAGGAGACGAUCCCUACAACCCCUACAAGUACACGGACGACAACCCCUAUUACAACUACUACGACACCUACGAGAGACCCCGCCAGGGCAGCAGGUACAGACCCGGCUAUGGCACCGGCUACUUCCAGUAUGGUCUCCCUGACUUAGUCGCGGAUCCCUAUUACAUCCAGGCAUCCACAUAUGUCCAAAGGGUGUCCAUGUACAGCCUGAGAUGUGCUGCUGAGGAGAACUGUCUGGCAAGUUCAGCUUACAGGUCAGAUGUCAGAGAUUAUGAUACUCGAGUGCUUCUGAGAUUCCCCCAAAGAGUGAAAAAUCAAGGCACAUCAGACUUCCUACCAAGCAGACCCCGAUAUUCAUGGGAGUGGCACAGCUGUCACCAACAUUACCACAGCAUGGACGAAUUCAGCCACUAUGACUUGCUGGAAGCAGGCUCACAUCGGAGAGUUGCUGAAGGGCACAAAGCAAGUUUUUGUCUUGAAGAUACCUCCUGUGAUUAUGGAUACUAUAGAAGAUAUGCAUGUACAGCACAUACACAGGGACUAAGCCCUGGCUGUUAUGACACCUACAAUGCUGACAUAGAUUGCCAGUGGAUUGAUAUUACAGAUGUAAAACCUGGAAACUACAUACUGAAGGUUAGUGUAAAUCCCAGCUAUUUGGUACCAGAGUCUGAUUACUCCAACAAUGUAGUACGCUGCGAUAUCCGCUAUACAGGCCAUCAUGCAUACGCCUCUGGCUGCACAAUUUCACCAUACUAAGAUGCAAGAAAAUGGAUGAGUCAGUGCCCACUGUUUUGUACUGUAAUAUCAUUAUAUAAACUUCAGUAGAAUAUGAACACUUUACAAAAAGCAAAAAAAUUCAACACAAACUUUUAUGUUGUUUUGAAGCAUAAUGGCUGCUUCAUAAAAUGUGUAACUGGAUUUUUAGCACUCAAAUUGUCACUUAAAAAAACUAUUGCAACGUGUGGGAUUGGUGAUUUAUGUACAGAUUUUCAAAUUCUAAAGGAAAUUAACUCAUUCACAGAAAAAUAAGUUUUUUGUGUUUUGUUUUGUUUUAAACUCCACUGGAAAUCAGAGUGUAGAUAACAGCAGAGUUUGGUCAGUACACUCUCUGUGAAUGAGCUGUAAUCUCUUUAAAAGGUAGCAAAAACGUAUAAUACUACAUAAAAUGCAGUAAGUAGUAGUAGUAAUGCUGGCUAGCUCAAUGAAUGCCAGAUCAAAGACGAACUUGGGAGUGAUGCUCCUGCCAUUACAGUAAAACUAAUUGGAUACAUUGGAUGCAGACGAGAAAAGUAUCCCUGGUUUUCAAGGAAUAUUAACAUAUAGCAGAAAAAUUUUCAUGUAUGCAUUAGUUACAUCCCAUAUACGAAAUUUAUGUUUAUUUUACAUUUUUAAUGUAUUAGUAGGUAAACCAUUUUCUCAAGCCAAAUGCAUACUGGGGCUUUGGCCAUAAGCCUGUUUUACUUUUGGAAUAGAAUUAAAGAACUUAGCCACUUUUCUGUGUGAAUAGAGAUUUUCAAAAUGGGGCUCUUAAAAGGAUCUACCAUUAAUUCAAUGGGAGUAAAAUGAACUAGGAUGAACACCUGUCCAGCAGAAACAAGGCUUCUGAAAGCGACACUGGAUAGUCCCUAAUUAUUAGCAGUGGGGGGGGAAAAAAAAAAAAAGCAUGAAUUGAACAGGCCAACCAA